AUGCUAGCCACACUGAAUCUUAAGACCGUGUCAGAUGCCAACUUGAAAAAGAUGGAGAUUCGGGCAGGAGAUGUUGUGGAGAAAGUGUCUACUGAGUCGUCACAAGCCGCAGCUGAGGAAGCAUUUAAGAAUGAAAUGGAGGCUAUUGCUCAUGCAGAGUCUCAAGAUGCGCAAGGUGGUAUGAGUGGUUUGAUAGAAGACUUGGGUGUUUGUCAACUACCAGAUUCAUCUCCUGCACCACAGUUGAAGCUUUAUGAUGAUGAUGAACAAGAUUGGACUGAUACUGAGAGUGAUGAUGAGAACAGCUACAAUGAACCUGUUGAACAGACUUUUCCGGACACUGCCUUUUUUCCAGAAAACACUUGCAGCUUGAAAAGUAAAGAUAACUUGAUAAAAGAUGGUGUGCUUCCGCAGAUAACACAGAUUGCUGCUGUGGAACUACAGUCAGGCCAACAGUUCAUGGAAUUACAGUCAGGCCAACAGUUCAGUACAUAUGUCAAACCAACUGUACCCAUUUCUACAGCUGCUACAUCUGUUACAGGGAUAUCAUUUUAUAAUGAGGAAAUGACAGUAAAUGGAUCUAAAGUACAAUCAGUGUCUAUAAAAACUGUUGUGGAUGAAUUUGUAAACUGGAUUUCUAAAUUUCAAAAUGUAUGUUUAGUAGCUCACAAUGGUCGUAGAUUUGACUUUCCCAUUCUUGUAUCUACAGUGAAGAACAUUAGAGCUCAGGAUAAAUUAUCAGAGUGUGCAUUCAUUGACUCUAUGUCAGUGUUUCGUAAACUAUAUCCAAAUUCAUCUCUGAAACAAGUAGAUCUAGUGUCAUCCUUACUAGGUGAAACAUAUGCUGCACAUAAUGCCAUUGAUGAUGUAGUAGCACUUGGGAAAUUGAUAAAGUUUGUAAACCUCCCAAGUAGUGAUAUAAUGGCUCAUAGCUUUAACCAAGAAGCAGUUGCUAAUAACAUGGCUUUCAACAAAUCUAAAAUGCUAAAUUUGCCAUCACUGAAUUCGUUGAUUUAUUCAGGUGUUAUUAGAAAACCUACCGCGGAAAACAUUGCAGGGUCUGGUUUGAAUAUAAACCACUUAAAGUUAUUGCAUUCUAGGGGUGGAGAAGAUGCUAUAAAAGAUGUGUUCAUUUCAAAGAACUCUGAAGGCUGUCCAAGAGUGUCUAAUAAUAAAAAGGUGUUGGAAGAAAUUGUACCAAAAAUUGCAAAAUAUUUUGAGAAUCACUAG